AUGUCAGCCCCUGCAGCAAGUCGUCAACUCAGCGCAGGUCGGGAUAUUCCGUCGAAAAGAGUAACCGUUAACGACCCAUCGCAGCUUCCCCACGAUUACAGCACAACACCAGGAGGCACUCUGUUUUCAACCACCCCUGGAGGAACACGCAUCAUUUACGACCGAAACUUCCUGUUGAACAUGAGAAACUCCCCGCUCAGCCAGACCCCUCCCAAGAAUCUGCCUUCAAUCCCUGGCGUCACCUGUCCAGAAGUGGGCGCUGGUGCCGAAAAACCCAACGGAGCGCGCAAGACUGCCACCAAAACAGACCCUGCUGAAGAUCAGUUCCAAAUGGACAUCUGA